ACGCGAGGGUUGCUUGGGCAGCUACUGUCAUGGCGGCGACAGCCCCCAAUGGCGGGGGCUCAGCGCCUGCGGCGACGGGUUCCACAGAAGCCCCGCUGCAGUACAGCCUUCUUCUGCAAUACCUGGUGGGUGACAAGCGUCAGCCCCGGCUCCUGGAGCCUGGGAGCCUGGGCGGGAUCCCGAGCCCUGCCAAGAGUGAGGAGCAGAAGAUGAUCGAGAAGGCGAUGGAAAGCUGCGCUUUCAAGGCUGCGCUGGCCUGCGUGGGAGGAUUCGUCUUGGGAGGUGCAUUUGGGGUGUUUACUGCUGGCAUUGAUACCAACGUAGGCUUUGACCCUAAGGAUCCUUACCGUACGCCGACUGCAAAAGAAGUUCUUAAAGACAUGGGGCAGAGAGGAAUGUCCUAUGCCAAAAAUUUUGCCAUUGUGGGCGCCAUGUUUUCUUGUACUGAGUGUUUGGUAGAAUCUUACCGGGGAAAAUCAGAUUGGAAGAACAGUGUCAUUAGUGGCUGCAUCACUGGAGGAGCCAUUGGUUUCAGAGCUGGCUUAAAGGCUGGGGCCAUUGGUUGCGGAGGUUUUGCUGCUUUCUCUGCUGCAAUUGAUUAUUACCUACGGUGAGAGCAAUUGCCUGUGGCGAAGGAUGACGCCAGCCCUGGAUCAGAGCUGUUCUUUGGAGGAUGGUUUCUGCACCGCUCCAGGGCCCUUGCUUCAAGGACUGAAGACAUUUGUUCUCCCUCACAUAGUUGGUGUUGUGAGGAAGCAGCCUGGCUGCUCUCUGCCUCCAGCCUUCAGAGCAGCCACACUGUCCUCUCCUGGACUCCAGCCAGGCUUGACAGGAGAUGUGCCAAGUCAGAGUCUCUCCUUAGGGCAGAUCAGGAGACAAUGUGUUGACUUGUAGGAAUUAAGCUGCACAAAGGUUCAGUCCUGACCACAGCUGGCCCUCUAGGCUGUUUGGUGCUGUGGGCCAGAGGUGACUGCAUCUUUGCAUAUACGCAGGAAGCUGCUGUGCCUUGGAACUUCAUGCAGCCAUUCAUCUCGCAUACCAGGGCAGGGUAAGGUAAAUUUAUGCCAUCCGACCAAUUAUGUUAUUUGUUUAGCAUUCUGCCAUCUUUGUU